AUGGCAACGGAAAAUCAUAAUAAAUCGGAGGAGGAUUCGGAAAACGAUCGCGAUAAUUGUUGUAACAGCAACUAUAACAAUAAUAAUAAUAAUAAUAAUAAUGGUGACGGUGAUGAUGAUGACGACGAUGACGCGUCACGAACGACACUCGCGUAUGAAUACGAUAAAGCCGAAGAUGAAAAUUUUUAUCGGGAUGAGAAUGAGAAUCGCGCGAUCGGUCUAACGUGUGACGGUGACGGUGACGAUGACGACGACGACGACGUCGAUCCGUCUUUGAAAUUAAGUUCGGAUUUCGUCGAUAAUUUUAAAACGGUUUUGAGUCAUCAUCACGCGGUUAAGCCCAGGUCUCUUAUGGAAACACUUCUCGUCGCGAAAAUGGAAGCGGCCACGCUCAAAUCUAAUGCCACGGAUAUAAUGAAACCUUUGCUCACGAGAACGGAUAGCGUCGACAGUUACAGUUCAUUCGGAAGCGUGAGUUCUUCGAACGCGGGAAGCGAAUAUUGUCGGUGCGACGAUUGCCUUUUGGGAAUCGUCGACGUUUACGAUAGCGAAAUGAUCGUCAGAUAUAAAAAGGCAUCCGGUUGGAGAAAGCUUAGAAACAUUGUUCAGUGGACGCCAUUUUUUCAAACCUACAAAAAACAAAGGUAUCCAUGGGUGCAGUUGGCAGGGCAUCAAGGGAAUUUCAAAGCGGGACCCGAACAGGGAACCAUUUUGAAAAAACUUUGUCCGAAAGAGGAAAAAUGUUACAAAAUACUUAUGAAAGAUGUACUGAGGCCAUACGUACCUGAAUAUAAGGGCCAAGUCACAUGCGAUGGAAACGAAUGCGUUUAUUUACAAUUGCAAGACCUCCUCGUCGAUUUUACGUCUCCGUGCGUUCUGGAUUGCAAAUUGGGAUUGAGAACGUAUUUGGAAGAAGAAUUGCAAAAGGCUAAAGAAAAGCCCAAACUCCGAAAGGACAUGUACGAAAAAAUGAUACAGAUCGAUCCGAGUGCUCCCACUUUGGAAGAACACAGACUGAAAGCGGUCACGAAACCGAGGUACAUGGUUUGGAGGGAAACGAUAUCGUCUACAGCGACGUUGGGCUUCCGUUUGGAAGGAAUUCGUAAAAGCGAUGGAAAAUCGUCGAAAGAUUUCAAAACGACGAAAACAAAAGACGAAGUCAAAGAAGCGUUCAGGGAUUUUACAAACGGGUUUCCUCACGCAGUGCCGAAAUACGUACAAAGACUGAAAGCCAUAAAAGCAACAUUAGAAGUAUCAAUAUUUUUUUCCUCCCACGAAGUCAUCGGAAGUAGUUUGUUGUUCGUUCAUGACAAAGUCAAAGCAAACGUUUGGCUGAUAGAUUUUGCCAAAACUCUAACGCUUCCGGAUCAGACGUUCAUAGAUCAUAAAUCUCAAUGGGAAAUUGGAAAUCACGAAGAUGGUUACCUAAUAGGCAUAAAUAAUUUAAUAACAAUAUUUUCCGAGCUCGAUGAAGAACAAAAAUCCUUUGAGUCAUCAAUUGAUAUGGAUAAGGAAAAGAGGACGGGGAGUAGUAGUGGUAGUGGUAGUAGUAAUAACAACAACAACAACAACAAUGUCGACAAUGGCGGCGGCGGCGACGACAGCGACACCAAACCGGAAACGGUCGUUAAAAAUCCGACAUCAGCGCCGCCGAUAAAUGUUGCGGAUGAGACUUGA